CUGGGUGUCAGGACUCAGUCCGGCUGCCCGGAGAACCUCGUCCACUCGGAAACCAAAGCAGAACCACUUUUCUGUCGGUCUCGUUAAGUCAUGUCUGAGCCACAGAGAUGGGCAAGAUCGAGAACAACGAGAGGGUGAUCCUCAAUGUCGGGGGCACCCGGCACGAAACCUACCGCAGCACCCUCAAGACCCUGCCUGGGACGCGCCUGGCCCUUCUCGCCGCCUCGGAGCCCCAGGGCGACUGCCUGACGGCGGCGGGCGACAAGCUGCAGCCGUCGCCCCCUUCGCUCUCGCCGCCGCCGCGACCGCCCCCACUGUCCCCCGGGCCGGGCGGCUGCUUUGAGGGCGGCGCGGGCAACUGCAGUCCCCGAGGCGGCGGCGGCGGCGACCACCCCGGGGGCGGCCGCGAGUUCUUCUUCGACCGGCACCCGGGCGUCUUCGCUUAUGUGCUCAACUACUACCGCACCGGCAAGCUGCACUGCCCCGCCGACGUGUGCGGGCCGCUCUUCGAGGAGGAGCUGGCCUUCUGGGGCAUCGACGAGACGGACGUGGAGCCCUGCUGCUGGAUGACCUACCGGCAGCACCGCGACGCCGAGGAGGCGCUCGACAUCUUCGAGACCCCCGACCUCAUCGGCGGCGACCCCGGCGACGACGAGGACCUGGCGGCCAAGAGGUUGGGCAUCGAGGAUGCCGCGGGCCUGGGGGGCCCCGACGGCAAGUCUGGCCGCUGGAAGAGGCUGCAGCCCCGCAUGUGGGCCCUCUUCGAGGACCCCUACUCGUCCAGAGCCGCCAGGUUUAUUGCUUUUGCUUCUUUAUUCUUCAUCCUGGUUUCAAUCACAACCUUUUGCCUGGAGACACAUGAAGCUUUCAAUAUUGUUAAAAACAAGACAGAACCAGUCAUCAAUGGCACAAGUGUUGUUCUGCAAUAUGAAAUCGAAACGGAUCCUGCCUUGACGUAUGUAGAAGGAGUGUGUGUGGUGUGGUUUACUUUUGAAUUUUUAGUCCGUAUCGUUUUUUCCCCUAAUAAACUUGAAUUCAUCAAAAAUCUCUUGAAUAUCAUUGACUUUGUGGCCAUCCUACCCUUCUACUUAGAGGUGGGACUCAGUGGACUGUCAUCCAAAGCUGCUAAAGAUGUACUUGGCUUCCUCAGGGUGGUAAGAUUUGUGAGGAUCCUGAGAAUCUUCAAGCUCACCCGCCAUUUUGUAGGUCUGAGGGUGCUUGGACACACUCUUCGAGCUAGUACUAAUGAAUUUUUGCUGCUGAUAAUCUUCCUGGCUCUAGGAGUUUUGAUAUUUGCUACCAUGAUCUACUAUGCUGAGAGAGUAGGAGCUCAACCUAACGACCCUUCAGCUAGUGAACACACGCAGUUUAAAAACAUUCCAAUUGGCUUCUGGUGGGCUGUAGUGACCAUGACUACCUUGGGCUAUGGGGAUAUGUACCCCCAAACAUGGUCAGGGAUGCUGGUGGGAGCCCUGUGUGCUCUGGCUGGAGUGCUCACAAUAGCCAUGCCGGUGCCUGUCAUUGUCAACAACUUUGGAAUGUACUACUCCUUGGCAAUGGCGAAGCAGAAACUUCCAAGAAAAAGAAAGAAGCACAUCCCUCCUGCCCCUCAGGCAAGCUCACCUACUUUUUGCAAGACAGAAUUAAAUAUGGCCUGCAACAGCACACAGGGUGACACGUGUCUGGGCAAAGACAAUCGGCUUCUGGAACAUAACAGAUCAGUGUUGUACAGAAUCUGUCAUGGAUUUCUGACUGCUGAAAAAGGGACAAUGGGAUUUAGCCACACCAAGGACUGUACCGGAAACAGACUUCUGCUGCUGAAUGUGCCCUGAUGCGACCAGGUAGCACUUGGAAGAGGUCCCUGCAUCUUCGCAAGGCAUUUAAAGCUAGAAAAGAACUGUGGCUGGAACUCAUUUGGUGCUCCCCAUAUGAGUGGUCUGCUGUGGACUGGCCAGUAGCUGUGAAACAAUUGUAAACACCAACACGUGGGCAUGGGUCGAUAGCGUCAGCCAUCUCACAUCCAAGGACACCAAGUCCAUGACCAACAUCUCUGAAGCUUCGAGUAAGGCCCGUACCUCUGUGAAUUGCCCCUCUUGGGCCUGCAGUAGAUCGUGCUGUGAAUCAUACAAGGCAGUGAUAUUGGUGUAGUACAGACGUGUCCUAAUUUCCCUUCUUUCUCCUUUGUUGUUUGAAUCCAUGAACAUUGACGGUAUCUUUUUUUUUUUUAUAAACCACUUAUGUUAUCAGCUUGUCUUUGUUGUGAAAUUUUCAGUGCCUAUUUAUCAAAACUAACCUGUUUUUUGUCACAUGUAUGUUUAGUUCUGGAAAAUCAUUAUGACUUUAAGAAAAAACUCACCAACAUUAUUCAUGGUUUAAGUCCUUUGUCAUCGUUACCUCAAUUAUAAAUAUUACAGAAAAUAAAAUUCUGGUGAUGAGAGUAUUUUUUUAUUAAAUGAUCAAGGAGUAAUGUCAGUAUAUAGUAGAGUAUUAAUCAAAUUAUAUCCUAAAAUGUAUAUUUUGCAUAAAAGAGAUAUUCUUCAAUCAAUUACUUUUUUGUGAGUUUUGUGGCAAACGAAACUUGUACUUGUCUUUAAAACUGUUGUAGUCGAAACUGUGUAAGAAUUCUUCAUCUUGCUUAAUCAAUAUUUCCAGAAUCGAUUAGUUCCCCUGGGAUUCUGAAUAUAACAUAUAACCUAAUUAUGAACCUCUGUAUCGUGGACCUUUUGUGAACAUUUCAAGGUGCAUGCACAACCUUGGCGAUAACAGAUGGAUAUGUAACUAACUGAAAUGAAGAAUAAAAGGCAAAUAA